UGUCAAUGAUAAAUGUCAAUAUAAUUAUAAUCAAAACACGAAUUCAUAUCAAAAGUUUUAUAUUUAUAUAAGAAUUAUUUAAAAUAUGAGUGCGAAUAACAGAAAAGGACCAAUUAUAGAUCCCGGCGUAUGUCGAUGUUGUGGCUCUUUAAAGAAAUGUCGAAUAAUUAACGUUGAAUAUGAAUGGCAGGGGCAAAAAGAAAUCUAUUCCGAUAUGUUUGUGGAUUGUUUCGGUCUUUUGUUAUCACACUUAGAAGGAGCAUCUAUGGAACGUUUGAUAUGUGCAACUUGUGUUAGCCGCCUGCGAGAAGCUUGUGCAUUCCGGCAACAAGUUCUGCGCUGUGAAGAGCUUCUACUCACUGCUAAGAUACAUUUAGAUAAUGAUGGAGAGACCAAAGAAGGUUUGAAACUCGAUGUGAAGAAAGAGAAGUUGGAUGAAGGUGAAGAUUUAAACAAUUAUCACAACAGUGAGGAAAUUAACUCUGAUUACGAUCCAGAAGUAAUACCGAGAAUAACAAGGAGUUCAGUUAAAAAGAAUAAAAUGUUGAAGCGCAGAAGGAAAAAAGUCGACGAGACAAGCCUUCUGUUGAAGAGAAUGCAAAAUAUUACCACAAAGAUGAAGAAAUUAGAAAAUGCAGAUAUACCAGAACAAAAAGGAAACUCAAAAGCAAAGAAUAUCAAUAAUAAUGAGACAAUGGCACAUCACAACGCAAUAUCUAUUGUAGAGAACUCUUACGUUUGUCCAUUUGAUACUUCUUUCAGUGAUUAUUAUUGUAUUUACUGCAGAAAACAGUUCACAGACCCCAAUAAACUUAGAGAACACACAAUAACCCACGAUCCACAGAAAUAUAAGGAAAUCACACAUAAAAAACAACUACAAAUCGAUAUACUAAGAAUCGAUUGUAGACUUUGUACACAAAAUAUCGAUAAUAUCGAUGAAUUAAAACGUCACAUCACUACUAUCCAUCAGAUAGUCCUAUAUCCAGUGGAUAAUGAAUUUUUAAAAUUCCGCCUCACUAAUGGCAGAUUAACUUGUACGGAAUGUGACAAUUCCUUUACAUUUUUCCACGCUUUAAAAAAACACAUGGCCCUACAUUUCGGUACUUGUAUUUGUGACAUUUGCGGUGCACAUUAUUUCCAAGAGAGAAUGCUUUUACUCCAUCAAAAAACACAUAAAAACAUCAACGAGAAUCAUCCAUGUAAUGAGUGCGGUAAAAUGUUUAAAUCCAAACGGAAUAGAUAUCUACAUAUAGCUAAAAUACAUACAAAAGAACCUGUAUAUCCUUGUAAUAAAUGUGAUGAGGUUUUCUUCUCAUAUAUAUUGAGAUAUCGACAUAUGAUAGAUGAACAUGGGGAAGAAAGAUGUUACCAAUGCGAGGAAUGUGACCGCUCAUAUGACAGUAGGAAAUCAUUAAGAGAACACAAUAGAAGAUUCCAUUUAAAAAUAUACAAACACCAAUGUGAUUUAUGUGAUAAAAGGUUUUAUUUACCUUCGAGGUUGAAAGAACAUAUGUCAACACAUAGCGGGGAGAGAAACUUCCGCUGUGAAUAUUGUGGGAAAAGUUACCCACGGCUCAGAGGGCUUAAGGUUCACAUGCAGUCACAUAACACGGAGAAGAAAUAUAAAUGUACAUUAUGUAGUGCUUCUUUUACACAGAAUGUUAAUUUAAAAAAUCAUAUAAAAAGACAACAUCAGAAUGUAGACGGAUAUGAAUAAUUUAUAUCUAUACUAUUAUAAUAAAGCGUAAACACACA